AUGUCUAGAUUCUUUCGUGGCGACAGUUCCAGCGAGAGCAGCUCCGACGAGGAGGAGGAUCUCUACUCUGACGACGAAGAAGUUCAAGAGCAACCCGAAGAAGAAUCUGAAGAAGAUGAUUCGGAGGAGGACGAUGAUGAUGAUGACUCCGAUUCCAGCAGCGAUGAUGGAGUUGGCAAAAAGACCGGCGCGAACGCUUUCUUGAAAGAUGACUCCGAUUCCGAUAGUGAGAGCAGUGGAGAUGAGGGAGUUAAGGUCGUAAAGUCUGCGAAGAACAAGCGAUUCGAAGAACUUGAGGCGACCGCGAAAGCCAUCGAAAAUGGCGAGAAGAUUAAUGAUUGGGGAUCGAUCUCGGCAGAGUUCGAUAAGCUCAACCGACAGGUCGCCAAACUUCUACAAUCCGGCACAACUCCAAAGGUUUACAUCAAAGCACUCGCCGAGUUGGAAGAUUUCAUGAAUGAAACCUUGGCGAAGCAGAAGGUGACGCCAAAGAAGAUGAACGCAACCAAUUCUAGAGGUUUGAAUGCUGUUAAGCAGAAGCUCAAGAAGACCAGCAAGGAGCAUCAGAAGGACAUCGACUCUUUCAGAGCGGACAAGGAUGCAUACAUGGAAUCAGAAGACGAGGAAGUCGUGGCACCAAAACCAAAGAAAGCCAAGUCCUCAGCUGCAGCUCAAAAUCUUGUCAUUGACGGUGAUGAUGAUGAAGGAUGGGGUACUGUUGGUAAGGGCGGACGAACUCUUCAAUUCACGCCAGAGAGUAUUCUUAAGCACUUGAGGACCAUUCUCGAGUCCCGAGGUAAAAAGAAUACCGACCGCAAUGAGCAAAUUAAGAUCAUGGAAAAGUUGUAUGAAGUAGCAGCUACUCCUUACCAACGCAUCAGAGUCCUCUUGACCCUUAUUUCCACAAGAUUCGACAUGACUACUGGUACUCAAACUUUCAUGUCCCAAGAGCAAUGGAAGGCAGCGGAGAAGGAAUUCGCAACAUUACUGAGUGUCGUCGAAACAAACCGGGAAUUUGUGGUUGUGGAGACCGCAGAACCAUGGGAGGAUGAUGAAAAGCUUCCUACGGUUGCCGAUGGCGAAAAGUUCAAGAUUCCAGGAAGCAUAGUCUCUUUUGUCGAAAGACUCGAUGACGAGCUUACAAGAUCACUUCAACAUAUCGAUCCCCAUACUGCCGAGUACAUCGAACGCCUUUCUGAUGAGAGUGAUCUUUACAACAAUAUCGUCAGAACUAUGUUGUACCAAGAAGAAAUUAGCAAGGACGAAAGCUUGACUGAACCCCAACGCAGCUUGAACAGAGUUGUUAUGAGAAGAUUGGAGCACGUAUACUUCAAGCCAUCUGCAGUCAUCAAGAUACUCGACGAAAAUUGCUGGAAAGCAAUCCCCGCAGAGCUCGACUCCACCAUCACACCAAGAGGCUCCGUUCAAGAUGCCAAGACCUUGGUCAAUAUUCUCUGCAACUACCUUUACAUCAACACUGAGGGCGAGGGACUCACCAAAGCACGGGCUAUGCUUUGCCAGAUCUAUUUCGAGGCUCUACACGACAACUACUACAAAGCUCGUGAUAUGAUGCUUAUGUCUCACUUGCAAGAAACUAUCAAUUCGUUCGACGUUCACAGCCAAAUCUUGUUCAACCGCACCCUUGUUCAAGUUGGUCUCUGUGCUUUCCGAGCCGGCUUGGUGUAUGAAGCUCAAACAACCCUCCAAGAAAUCUGUGGUAGUGGCCGUCAAAAGGAAUUGCUUGCACAAGGUGUCAUGAUCCAGAGGUAUAACCAAGUCACCCCAGAUCAAGAACGUCUCGAAAAACAACGUCAACUUCCAUUCCAUAUGCACAUUAACCUCGAACUUCUUGAAUGUGUAUACCUCACCUGUAGUAUGCUUCUCGAAAUUCCUCUAUUUGCACAAACUGGUUCAUCUCCCGACAUCAAGAAGAGAAUUAUCAGCAAGACCUACAGACGUAUGCUCGAAUAUCAUGAGCGUCAAAUCUUCACUGGACCUCCUGAGAACACUAGAGAUCAUGUCAUGCAAGCAUCAAAGGCGUUAGCUCAAGGUGAAUGGAAAAAGGCCACCGAUUAUAUCCAUUCGAUCAAGAUUUGGGAGCUCAUGUCCAAGCCUGAGGAAAUUAAGGCAAUGCUCUCAGCACAGAUUCAAGAAGAAGGUCUCCGAACAUAUCUUUUCACCUACGCUCCUUAUUACGAUACUUUAUCCGUCAACAGACUCUCAUCAAUGUUUGAACUCCCUGACCGAAAGGUUGCUGCCAUUGUUAGCAAGAUGAUUAGUCACGAGGAACUUGCAGCCGCAUUAGAUCAAGUCAACUCUUCAAUUAUCUUCAGAAAGGGUGUUGAGUUGAGCAGACUCCAAAGCUUAGCAUUGAGCCUUAGCGACAAAGCUAGUGGCUUGAUUGAAAGCAAUGAGCGCACACUUGAGACAAGAACACAAGGCACAGCUAAUGCUUUCGAAAGACAAGGUGGCAGAGGUGGACGUGGUGGUAACAGAGGAGGUCGUGGUGGUAACCGUGGUGGACGUGGUGGUAUCUCCAAUGCUCCAAGGCAAGCUGGUGGAACACAAUUCACUGGUGGUGCUUUAGGAGCUGCUGUUGGUAGCAGAGCUUAA